CAAAACGUGCUGUGGAGACUGAACUAUUCAGAUAUACAGUGUGCUUUAUUUAGAGGUAGUGUGCUUUAUUUAGAGGUGUUCCUCAAUUCAGAAGGUAUGUAUUUUUUCUGAUGUUUCACUUGUUUAAAAUAGUAUACACAAAAACAGUACCGUACAGCGAAAAACGUGAAAUUAUGCACCAUGUGAAAUUUCCCGCUACAGGACAUGUCCUAGGGAAU